AUGUUCUUUUUAUACCUUCUUGCAGUGGCAUUUGCUGCCGAUGCAGGCGUGGCUCCCAUCAACGGGGGCGGCUUCACCACAACCACAAAUACCGCUAACUUGGCCGGAAUGCAACUUGAAACCACCACAAAUACCCCUACCACUGCUGCUGCUGCUGUUGGUGCUAAUACUGACACCACAGGCACGGGCACUGGAACUACAACUCCGGCUGCUGCUGCCGCCAACACCGCCACGACCGGCACCGGUACGGCCACCACCACGGGAACUGGCACUACUGCCACCGGAACCACCGCAACCACCCCUGCGGCCGCUGCUGCUACUACAGCCACUGGCACGGGAACCACCACCACAGGUACCGGAACCGCCACGGCCACAACUGGCACCGCCACGGGCACCGUCAACACCGCUACCAUGAACGCUUCCCAGUUGUCCAUCUACAAGCAAACUCUGUCCAUGAACGCCGAUGAACUCAUCGCCUGGUCUGCUACACACACAAAUGCCGCUACAGGCACUACCACCGGUACCACUACUGCCGCUGCUGCCGCGGACACCGCUGCUGCUGACACCGCUCCAGCCGGAUACACUGGCUCCAUCGCUGCCACCCAGAUCGCCCCUCCCCUGACGCUCUCCUACGUGACAACGAUGAAAAGCCACUCUGCUCCUCAGACCCAGGCUGCUGCCGCUACUCCAGCGUCCGAUGGCUCUGAAAGCUCCGGUUCGCUGUCGUACGCCGCAGGUGGUGCCAGAAACGGUCUUGCUGUCCCCGGCCUUCUCUCCGGUCUCGCAGCCAUUGCCCUCGCUUUGUAA